UUUUAGUUCAUCACAAAGUUACGUGGCGGAUUAUAGAGACACGUAGGCGAGAGGGGGCAGCGCGUGCUAAGUGCUAACUAAGUUGCUUGCGAAUCCUUUGGCUUCCCCUAUCCGAUCGAUGCUUCUUCUAAACAACAAAAACAGAAAUUCGAAAGAGGGGUUUAUGCUGGGGUUUUGAACUUCUUCACUUGUUAUUGCAUAAAUUGAACUCGCACUUCUCAAGAUAAAGUUUUCUUCACUUGGGUAUAGCAGAAAUCGAAGCCAUAUUUCAAAAUCACCUGCAACAGUUUUGAGGAUUCGAAGGGUAAUGAAAAGGAGUCGAAAAUUCAAUUGAUGAUUUUGAGCGUGGGUUGAUUAUUUAUAUAACAGACUGAUGUUUAGAAGCAACAAUUUAACAGCAAGGAUAUUUGAGCGUCAGAUUCGAACUCCUUCUCCUGGUACCACUAUUCACCGUGCGAGGAGAUUUUAUGAGAAUAUAGUUCCCGGUUCUACAAUAUAUGAUGUUGAAUGUCCGGACCAUUCAUUUCGCAAGUUCACAGAAGAUGGCAAAUACUUAAUAAGUUUCAGUAGAAACCAUCAAGAUUUAAUUGUGUAUCGACCCACAUGGCUUACAUUUUCUUGCAAACAAGAAGAUUGUUAUGCUCAAGAUCUUCCACCAAAAGCCAAGAAGUUUGAGAGUUUCUUCACUCAAAUCUACUCGGUCCCACUUGCUUCUGCAAGUGAGCUCAUAUGUAAAGACUUCUUUCUUUAUGCAGAGUCUAACCAAUUUGGUCUUUUUGCAACUUCCACUGCUCAAAUUUAUGAUGCCCCAGCUACCGGAGGUGCUAUUCAAGGGGUUCCUUCAAUUGAAAAAAUAACAUUCCAUCUUCUAAGAUUGGAAGAUGGAGUUGUACUUGAUGAGAGGGUUUUCUGCAAUGAUUACAUAAAUUUAGCACACAGCAUGGGUGUUUUUUUAUAUGAUGAUUUACUUGCUAUAGUAUCUCUUCGUUAUCAACAUAUUCACAUACUUCAGAUUAGGGAUUCAGGGACUCUUGUUGAUGUAAGAGCAAUUGGUGACUUUUGUCGUGAAGAUGAUCAGCUUUUUCUCAAUUCUAGUUCACAGGGUAUGUCAAGUAUUGAAAAAAGUGUAUCACAACACAUACCUGUUAAUAAUGUUGCAAAUGGCCCUCAUCUUGAACAAGUUCCUCAAGAAAAUCCUUUCUUGAGUGGCAUAAAACAAAGGCUACUUUCUUUCAUUGUUAGAGAGAUACGAAAUGAAGAAGAAGAUGAAACUAUGAGAAUCCAAUCCCUAAAGAAGAAGUUUUAUUUUCACUUUCAAGAUUAUGUCGAUUUGAUUAUAUGGAAGGUGCAAUUUUUGGAUCGACAUCACUUACUAAUAAAGUUUGGGAGUGUUGAUGGAGCAGUGUCAAGAAAUGCUGAUAAUCACCCUGCAUUCUUUGCUGUAUAUAACAUGGAAUCAACAGAAAUUAUUGCAUUUUAUCAGAUGUCCUCAGAUAAGCUGUAUUUGUUGUUUGAACAAUUUUGUGAUCAUUUUCAUGUUGCAUCAAAAAAUUCCCCUUAUAUGAAUUUUAUAUCAUCUCAUUCCAACAACAUUCAUGCUCUUGAGCAAUUGAGAAGCAGUAAAAAUAAAGCCACCAGCUUCUCCUUGUUUGUUAAAAAAGUGAUGGCUUCUUUACCAUUUAAUUGUCAAUCUCAAAGUCCUUCACCUUAUUUUGAUCAAUCAUUAUUUAGAUUCGAUGAAAAGCUUAUUUCUGCAGCUGAUAGACAUAGACAAUCAACUGAUCAUCCAAUCAAAUUUAUCUUAAGGAGGCCUCCACAUACCCUAAAGUUCAAAAUAAAACCAGGACCUGAAGCUGGAAUUACAGAUUGUAGGACAAGGAGGAUAUCUUCAUUUCUUUUUCAUCCAAUUUUACCCCUGGCUCUUUCAGUUCAACAGUCUUUGUUUUUGCAACCUGCUUUUGUAAAUAUUCAUUUCCGUAAAUAACCCUGACUUUUAUGAAAAUUAAGGGUUUAUUUUAUUAGUAUGAAGAAGAAAAAGAAGAAGAAACAAAUAUCAAUCAAGAUUUUUAACUUUAUUCAUCAUUUCGGAAUUUAUUUAUAUCCUUUGUUUAUUAACAUCUAUUUUCCCAAAAUUUGGGAGGGAAAGAUUAGAAUUAUAAAGAGGGUUAAUGUUUUAUUA